ACGUGACUGGACGAUCCGGGAAGGUUACUAAGCAACGUCACCGUGACCUUAUUAAUAUUCAUGAGCCGAUCCUUCGCCAUAGUAUGCUUCGUAAUUUCGUGACCCUCCCAGAGACUUUCAUUCUCCGUUCAUCGGCUGUCCUCAGCAUCCCCUCUGUGAUGAUGGCGCGUGUGGAUGGUGUAUGAUGCAGCGAUGCCCGGGGCCUAACCCACCGGUUACCGGGAAACGAGACGAGAACGCGCGGAUUGGGCAUUAUGCACCUUUCCUCUACCAACCGGUCACCGGAUCCCUGCUUUAUUUUAUGUCAGUCUCUGUGCUCGGUUGAAACCGAGGAAUGAAGUGUUGCAACCAUGAUGCAAGGAUUAAAAAAGCGUACCCGAAAAGCUUUCGGGAUACGGAAGAAAGAAAAGGACUCUGACUCCACGGGAUCACCAGACAAAGAUAAAUCUAAAAAAGCCAAUGGUGCACCCAACGGUUUCUAUGGUGAGAUCGACUGGGAUCGAUACAACUCACCUGAUGUGGAUGAUGAGGGUUAUAGCGUUAAACCCGGAGAACAAGGGGGAACAGCUCCGAAGGUCAGGACGUUCUGCUCCUCCAGCGAGUCGGAGGGUGAGGAGGAACAUGGGAACAAAUUUAAGAUCAAGAUCAAGCCGCUGGCAGCAAACAGUGGAAACUGCACAGUGUCCACUAUGGAUGAGCUGAAGGCGUCGGUGGGGAGCCUGGCGAUAUCACCGUCUCCUCUGAGGAAGAGUCCGAGGAGAAGUCCAUGUCCGAUGAAAAGAAACCUGUCAAGUGAGGACAUUGCCAGACCAAGACGAUCCACUCCAACACCCACGACAACCCCGGGGCCUGGUUCUGACACACCCAGAGAAAACAGCUCAGUGUUCUUCGGGCCACCAUUUGAGACAAAUGUUGAAGCACACAAUUCAGAAGUGUUCAUGGUGGAGCCAGAGUUGUGGUGUCAGUCGAGCUCGACCUCCAGUUGUGUUCUGAUCAGAUCACUCCCCACUGGAGCUCCGCCUCCACUUCCUCCAAAGAACAUCCCUGUCACCCCACCUGGACGUAGCUCCAGCUCUGUAGAAUCCUCUGGUUAUUAUAGUGUGGUUCCUAGUGUCAGAGGAGACAGAUCAUCCUCUGCCUAUCAGGACACUCCAUUAUCUGACCCAACUGGAGGUGCAUCUAUGCCAGACUUGGACAAUGUUUUUGGCGCUGUCGACACGCCAAAAUCCGGAUCGGAUAUGGUGCACUGCAGCUGGGUGAGCUUCGCAGAGGGCUCUCCUGCCAGACCUCCACCUCCAGAUGAGCCAGCCCCUUCUCCACCUGUGUCCUCUUCCCCUGCGGACUCGCCCCCGUCGUCGCCCCUCAACCUCCCACCUCCCGCCUCAUCACCUCCCCCUCUUCACCCCAUCCCACCUCCGGAUUCACCUCCACCACCUCCACCCUCAGAAUCUCCACUUAGCCCCCUGCCGCUUCCCUCCUGCUUUCAGCUCCCAGAGGUAGAACUUGGUCAUGAGAUCCCCAUUACCCCAUCCAGCUCUGGGCUGCCCUUCUUGCCAUCAGACCACCCAAGAUAUGGAGCCAUAUCGUCCGCUCUUACCCUGAGAGAUGAUAACAGAAGAACACCAGAGUUGUCUUUGGUGAGAGAAGAGCUUGCUGUGUUUGGAACGUCUCCUAAAGACAUGGCAACAGGAGGCUUCAGGGGAACCCCACCUCCACUGCCUCCUCCAACUUACAGGACUGUAAUGGGCUCUCCAGGGCCUGGCAGUGGGCCGUCCUCUCCUGCACGUGCUGGUACACCACUGUCUGCUGGAAGCCCAAUCCCACCUCUACCACCAAGACCAUCUUCAAGGCCUAAACUACCACCUGGAAAACCAAGUCUAGCAGAACUGGCUCGUCCCUUCAGCCCCCCCAUUCACUCCUGGAGUCCUCCACCCUUCGCUCCUCUGGCCAGAGCUGAGAGCACCUCCUCCAUCUCCUCCGUCACCUCUCUGAGCGCAGCCUCCACACCGACAUUGGGCCGUGAACUUAACCUGUCCGUGUCAGUAUGUUCCAGAGGUCCAAGCCCCCUCACAAUGGGACCCCAGGACACUCUACCAGUAGCAGCCGCCUUCACAGAGACCAUCAGCGCCUACUUUAAAGGAGCAGAUCCCACCAAAUGUCUGGUGAAGAUCACGGGGGAGAUGGUAUUGUCUUUCCCAGCCGGGAUCACCAGACACUUCUCCAGUCAUCCCAGUCCGCCAGAACUAACCUUCACCAUCAGCCAGUACAGUCGACUGGAGCAGGUUCUUCCCAACCCACAGCUCCUGUGCUGUGACACCACUCCACCUACAGGUGACUCAAAGGAGUUUUGGGUGAACAUGCCGAGCUUGAUGAGUCACUUGAAGAAAGUUGCUGAGCAGAGGCCACAGGCCACGUAUUACAAUGUGGACAUGCUCAAAUACCAGGUGUCUGCUCAAGGGGUCCAGUCCACACCACUGAAUUUGGCCGUGAGUUGGCGUGGCGAUGCUAGCUGCACAGACCUCAGGAUAGACUAUAAAUAUAAUGCAGAGGCCAUGCUGGCGCCCACACCUCUCACCAACAUCCAGUUCAUGGCAGCUGUGGACGGUGGCGUAAACAAACUGCAGGCCAUGCUUCCACCGGCCACCUGGAAUCCAGAGAUGCAGAAAAUAGCAUGGAAGAUCCCAGAGCUUUCCCAGAGGUCUGAAAAUGGAGGAGUGGGAGCUCUACUGGCUCGCUUCCAGUUAGAUGAGGGCCCCAGUAAACCGUCACAGCUCGCUGUUCAGUUCACCAGUGAGGGCAGCACUCUGUCUGGCUGUGAUUUCCAACUUGUAGGGUCUGGCUACAGACUCUCUCUGGUUAAAAAAAGAUUUUCUGCAGGUAAAUAUUUGGCAGACAACUGACCUGAGCACAGCAAUGCUAGUGGGACUGUGAGUGGGAUGAUAAGAUACUCUUUUGGCAUUUCAAAGACUUUCAAAAUGUUUUUAGUAAGAUUCCAGAAGUACAGCACUAAAAAUCUCACAAAUAAUGUCUGGUGCAGAAAAUCAUCAGUGCGUUCUGUGGGUGUGUGUAUGUGAAUAUUAGUAAAUAUUUUGUGCGUAUACAAAACAACUUCAGGAUAAAUGCAAUAAAAAGGACUUUUUCGCAGGGUUCUCACAGAAGGCAGAAUUUCCGUUUUCACUGUUGCACAUUUUCUAAAAAAUACAAUUUUAUUUCCUGAUAAAUGUGUGUGGUUUCACAAUAGUUUUGAGCUGGAGAUUUAUCUUUCCCAUAUAUAGCGUAGCAGAGUUUGGAGUUUUCUCUGUGCAAGAGUUUCUAGUUCAUUUAACAGGUUCUAAGGUGCCACUCUCAGUUCUCAAGCAUUUCUACAAUUACAGAUCUCUUCACAUCAGUGUUUCGUUUGAUGGUGAAGGCAUGUUGAAAUGCAUCACUGCUGUCUUUUGUUCAAUUAUGUGCUUAAAUUUGGAUGUAACUGAAAUUCAUAGUUAAUGCAAAAAGUGAUGCCUACAGUACAUGUUUUCUCUGUGUGUCUUUAAAUAACAUUCUAGGAAAAUAAGACUCUGUUUGUGUCAGGGAUGCAGAAUUCCUUUGGUUGAAAUGAAUUUAAGGAAUUAGUCAAGUGUAAACUGUUUUCCAAUUGGUUUCCACAAUGUGGAUUUUCCUUUCACAAAACAUUUUCCUGUAGCAAUAUUCAAAGAUAAUGUGUAAAAAAUGUAAGAUAGAAAUUGUUAUACAUAUAUCCAUGUGGAUACAGAGUUUCUAUGUAUUGUCAUAGAACAGAUUACGUGUUAAGUUAUUGUUAGCAUUUCCGAUUCAUGAUGGCACUUUAUUUUUGUUUAGUAAUUUAUUUUAAAUGUUUGUCGAUUCUUUUAUGUAUCUAGUUGUUAUUGUUCAAUAAGGGUUUGAAAACUGUGUUUUUCCCUAUUACAGAGAAACACUUCUUUACAUUUACACUGUUAUGCGUCAUGUGUUUCUGUCAUUUGUCGACAUGCAUAUUUUGAAAAGUAAGUAACGGCUCAUCUUUGUUCCCCAUGUUGUUUGAUUUUUGAGAUAUAGGGACCGUAAUUUGAGAUUCUCCCUCAAACAUUCACUGGAAAGCCUCAAAUCUCUCUUUUUUUCAGAUAUUAUCAUUUGAAACUAUACAUAAUUUUCCUAGAUAAUCAUCAGUGGUGUGGUUUGAAUAAAUCUGGUUACAGUGAAGUACAAUGUUAUCCCUGCAAUUAAUUAAGUGUACUUUGUUCAUUGUUUUCUUUCAAUUGUUUGGAGGCCUUACCUGACCUUAAAUAUGAGGCGGAUAGACAGCUGCUGCCUGUGAAUGAUUCAUUCUGGUUGAAACAUGUCUCUCAUUUUAUAUAUAUUUUUUGUGUUUGUCUGUUAACUUGCAUCUUGUUCAUACACCACUCAGAAAAAGGAAUAUGCAAACAUUUAAUGUAUACAAUAAACUGUCCCCAGAUUGUAAGAGACUAUAGAGGCUGAAGAUGCUAUGUAUAUCAUAAGUGAAACAAAAUGUAAUGUCUUAAAAAUAAAAUCAAGAAUUUCAUGUUUAACAUUCUGUUAUGUUCAUUGUCAGUGAUACAAUAUAAUGUACACUUUGAAGCUGAUUAAAAAAGCA